AUGAGUGGAUCAAAAUCAAAUCAAAAUGCUGCUGCAUCAUCAAAUAUUCGCCAACCACGACAGCGUAUGACACAAAAUUACCUUCUCAUUUGGGUAGAUGCCAACAUCGACCAAGCAGACAAGGACUGCAAAAAUACACUGGCUCAAUUGAAGAGCGUGGUCAACGAUGUCAACCUAUGCACAGAACCGGAUCAGUGUAUCCAAACACUCAACAAUGUUGACAAUGAACAAGCCUUUGUGAUUACAUCAGGCUCAUUAGGUCAACAUUUGGUUCCUGAAAUUCAUGGCAUCCCACAGUUAGAUGCUAUUUACAUCUUUUGUAGCAACAAAUCCAGACAUGAAGGAUGGACUCAAAAUUGGAAAAAAAUUAAAGGUAUUCAUACAAAUAUCAAAGAUAUUUGUAAAGCAUUACAACUGGCAGUUAAACAAUGCGACCAAGACACAAUUGCCGUAAGUUUUCUUACGAUAAAUGAAAUGGCUUCAACUGAUAAUUUAAAUCAGUUGGAACCAACUUUCAUGUAUACUCAGCUAUUCAAGGAGAUUCUCCUUGAUAUCAAAUAUGAUCGCAAGGCAAUCAAGGAGUUAGCAGCUUGUUGCCGUGAAGCUUUUGCUGUUCAAUCUCAAAAUGUACCAGUAUAUUUUCCUACAUUUACUGCUAAUACUGAUAUCGGAUCAUGUACAUGUGAUUUAACUGGCGGUAUAUGCGAUGUAUCAUGUUGUUGCGAUCCUGAUUGUUCAUCAAAUGAUCUAGUAGCGUUUGGAUGUAGUUCAAGAGCCAAUAUAUUUACAAAUUCGUCUCCUGUUUUAUCUACUAUUCAAGGAUCAUGUUUUAAAGAUUUGUCAAUAUUUCAAUCAACUUCACCCUAUAUUAUUCAAAAAAUGGGCGAACUUGUUUGCAUAGAUUAUUAUCGAUAUACGGGUAGUCAAUAUUAUCAACAACCAAAUAUUCAAACACUAGAUGCAAAUGCUUUCGUACAGGCAAUAAAUAAAGCAAAUGGUGUUACAACACCUGCUGAUCCAUCAACUGACACCUCUAGCUAUCAAGUAGGCACCAAAGUAUUGGCUACCAAAAAUAACGCAAAUCUAGCGAGUUUUCUUACACUACCAGUAAAUCUAUUCAAUAAUCCAAUGUGUUCUGGAAACCAACCGAUCACUUAUAUGAAUAAUUUUACAUCAACAUGUAGUCAAGUGGUAAAUCAAGCUACAUGUACUACUGGAGCUCUAAACCCUUCAACAUAUAUAAAUCAACUCUGUCUUUUUUCAUCUCCAUCAAAACCACACAAUACUUCAGGCGACGUAUGUGUUAAUGGUACAACUGUAUCUACUCCAACAUUCGCAUCGAAUAUUUGCACAAAUGCUCUUCAACAAUUAACUAUAACAAUCACUUAUAACAGUUCAAUUGGAAUAGUAGGUGUAAGUGUGACUUCUACCACUGCUACCGCAAAUGAUACAACAUUUGAGCAAACAUUCACCGUUUUAUUUAUCAAAAGUGGAUCAACUUUACCAAGUACAACACGUGGUCCAGGGUAUCUUCAAAGUGCUGAUAUUAUAGCUGGUAUUUCCAAUGGAUCUGACAUUGGAUCAACAAAUUCUCCACAAUUUUCAAUUAUAAAACCAUCAUCCACUGGUGUCUGUAGUACUAUCGACCGUAUACCUAUUCGUUUUGGUGAAAAUGUUCAAUCUACAUGCCAAUAUACUGUUAGUAGUACAAGUUGUUCUAAUUCUUUUCAGUUAUUGAUGCCGUAUAAUUCAGCAAGUCUAUAUGUAGCUGCCUAUAGUGAUUCAAAUCCGUUCAACGUUUCUACGGAUUGGUUGCCUGUUACAUCUUGCACAUACACAACGCAAGGAGAUGCGAAUACAGCUAACUGUAUUACUGGUAUUCUUCUAAACACAACAUCGGCUACUUCAUGUUAUAGCCGACUGGAUAUCCAAAUAGCGUAUACUAACAUUGGUUCUGUUUUCAAUCCGCAACCUGUAUUGAGUGCAGUUAUUUUUCAUUAUCAAGGAUAUCAAGGAGCACUUUCACUAGGAACUGUUGCCCUUCUAACUGAAACUGUUACUUUUCAAGAUAUUUCAGCUUCACCUAUUACUAUACAAGGUCAUAUACCAACACCAAGUACACGUUUACCAGCUGAUUUCUUCUAUCCUUUUAGUGUUAGUCACGCAACAAAAUUCAAAACAUUCUCGCCCUUUUUUUAUAUUUUCAUUAGUAUUCUUUUUAUUUUCGUGUAA